AUGAAAGAAAGCAGAAAGUCUCUGAUUGAUUCUGAAGUGACUAAACUGCGGGAUCUGAAAAAGAGGUUGGCAGCUGUCUCUGUUCCCGCUUCCAAUGGUCCUGGGAACAAUGCAGAAGUAGAGAGGUUAACAGAUGAAGUUACUAAACAGGGUCUUGUUGUAAGAGAUUUGAAAUCUAAGAAAGCAGAAAAGUCUCUGAUUGAUUCUGAAGUGGCUAAAUUACUGGAUCUGAAAAAGAGGUUGGCAUUGGCUGGAGGUCAAAACCCUCAAGAAGCUGCUGGUGGCGGAAAGAAGAAAGGAAAAAAGAAGUGACAGACUGAUUUGAGUGAUUGAUUUAUUUAUUGGAAUCUAAGCAAUCUGGGAAUAAAAAUG